AUGAAUAAUAAUGGUUUGAUUGUUUAUAUCAUUGGUACUACAGCAGCAGGAAAGACUAAUUUAUCUUUGAAUUUAGGAAUAGACAAUUAUGAGAUAAUCUCUUGUGAUUCAAUGUAAAUUUACAAGGAAGCUAAUAUCAUGACUGCUAAAGCUACUGCUGCAGAACAAGCAAUAAAAAAGCAUCAUGGAAUUGAUUUGCUAGAUUUAGAAUCUGAAGGAUUUAAUCGCAAAUAAUGGAAGAAUAUGGCCAUCCAAAAAAUAGAAGAAUUACAAUCAAGGGGGAAAAUUCCUGUUUUGGUAGGAGGAACACAUUAUUACAUAGAAUCGAUAUUAUUUAAUUAAGAAAAUGAAGAGAAGUAAAUUAUACAAGCAGCUGAAUUGAAUUUAAAUGGCAAGGAACCUUAUGAAUAUUUAAAAGAGAUAGAUCCUCUGGCUGCUGAAAAAUUUCAUUCCCAAACGAUCUUAGAAGAAUAAAUAACUCUAUAAAAUAUUACUAAAAUACAGGAUAAUUGCCAUCUGAAUAAAUAGAUCAUCAUUCUGAUGAAUGUAAAUUAAGAAGUAAUAACUUCCUAAUACUUUGGCCUAAAUGGAAGAAAAGUGAAGAUUUAAAGAAGAAAGUAACUGAAAGAAUACAUGAAAUGCUUGAUUAAGGAGGGACAGAAGAAAUAUUAAGAAUAUUUGAAAGAUUAGGUAAUAAUCAAAACGCGGUUGGUGGAAUAUUAUAAAGUAUUGGAUAUAAAUAAUUUGAAAAAGUGGUUGUAAUUUCCAAAUGUUGAUGAUAAAUUUCGAGAGUUACUAAAUGAAGGGGCAGAAAAAUUAAUUAAUGAUACGAUGGCAUACACAAAAAAAUAACAAUAAUGGAUCAAAAAUAGAAUUCUAUGCAAUUCAAAAAUAGAUAUUAUUGCAAAUAGAUUAUUUUUAUUGGAAUUUGAAUCAACUCAGACAUUUAAAUAAUAAGUAGUGAAUCAAGCAGAGAAAAUAUAUAAUUUGUUUUGUUAAUUAUUUUAACAGGGCCAAUUAGAGGAUGAGUAAUUUAAAAUUAGUGCAUAAAAUCUGGAAAAUAUCGCAAUAAUAUCUCCUGAGAAGAUUGAAAAAUAUAAAGCCACUUAAAAAUUAAAAUAACGAAACAAUUGGAAAAAAUAGGAGUGCCAAUUGUGCAAUAAAAAGAUGAAUGGACCAUAUGAGAUAGAAUAGCAUUUUAAAUCCCGUUAUCAUAGAAUUAAUCUUUUGAAAGAAGCCUAAUUGUAGAAGAAAAAAUAGAAAAUAGAUUGAUUGAUUGUUAUUAUGAUAAAGCAUAUUUUAUCUUUACAUAAAUAGUAGGAAAA